CUUAAUUACCAAUCCCCUAACCUAAUCUAGAGAAACUUCCUCUACAUAAAGACAUGUUGUGUUAAUUAUUAUUUCAUCAAGAGAAACUUUAUUCAUACAACUCAUCUUCAACUACAUCAUCAAAGAUGUACUACUCCAUAUCAAUACCAUUAUGCUUUUUUCUUUUUUCUCUUAUGUUAACUGUAGUCAUUUGUGUUAAUCCAUUAGAAUCUAUAUGUUCUGAUCUAGAAUACCCUCCUCAUAGUCCUUAUGAGAAAAACUUAAACAACUUGCUAAAUAUUUUAUCUACCAAGAUUCCUCCUUAUGGAUUUGGCCUUUCGAUAUUAGGCAAUGGCGUAGACCAAAUUAAUGGGUUAGGCUUAUGUCGUGGAGAUGUCUCAAGUAAAGACUGUUCAGCUUGUGUCAGUGAGGCUAGUAAAAAAAUAUUAGAUGUUUGCACCGGCAGUAAGGCAGGAAUAAUAUGGUAUGAUCAUUGCUUCUUGAGGUACUCACAUGAAUACUUCUUUGGGAAAAUAGAUUAUCAAGAGGAGUUCUUCACGUACAACCCUGUAUUUGCGAGUAAUACAAAGCUGCUUGAAGAUAAAAUGAAGGAGUUGUUAAAUGGGUUAUCUGUUCAAGCUUCUCAAAAAAGGACCUUUUUUGCAACAGGAGAAUUAGUGUAUGAUGACUCGUCACAUAAAUUGUAUGGUAUGGCUCAAUGCACUAUAGAUCUUUCUACCUCUGAUUGUAAGACAAGCCUUGAUGCAGCCAUAAAGAAACUUUCAAGCUGCUGCUCUGGGCGCAUAGGUGCGAGGGUUAAAGGUGGAAGUUAUAGUGUGAGAUAUGAAAUGUAUCCCUUUCUUAAUAAUGCAUAGAGAAUCAUUUUUUUAAUUUUUAUUGUCUAAUUAAGUCUGUUAUGAUCUCUUUUUUUAAGGAAAAGACCAUAAGAUCGUAAUGGAAUAAUUAGGCAAUAAAAAUUAAACAAAAAGAUAUAUCUAUACAUUAAUUAAGCAAUAAAAAUUAAUCACAAUAAAAUUAUAUUUAUU